AUGUCCUCAUUCUCAGAGCAGCAACAACCAUCUUCUUCUCAAUUUGUACCUCCAGAGUCAGCCCAGCCGUACCGCUCACUAUUUGGAGGUCCAAGCAGUGAUUUGAGCUUGCCUCCAUCUUCUCUGCCGGAACAAGCCCGCAAGUCCAUCUUUGGCGGCCCAGCUCAAGAUGUUGCUACAGAGCCAGAGACAGAAGCUGAAUUUCUGGACCGGGGGCUCAGUAAUGAUGAAGAAGAUGAGCUUGGGAUGAUCAUGCGCGAAAGGCCUCUGGCCGUCGACUAUGACUCUGACGGAGAGAGCUUUCAAGACCGUGACAAGGAGGCAAAAUUUGCAAAAGGGCCAAAGAGUGGCGUGAAAAAUGAGUAUCGUGGCCGGUCAACUAGACCGCGAUCGCGAUCCCGUUCACAAACAAGAUCACAGACGCGAUCGAGAUCUGAGUCGCCUACGAAGACAGCACCACAGCCGAUUAGCUAUGUCCUUGAUCGUGGUCUUGACCUGCCGCCAGGCGUUGAUCGCCCAAAUCGAUGGACGGGGAAUUCAACCACAUACCGGAAACUCAUUUCAGACGCCCUAGCCAGCUACGAAGGGUUGACAACGGCUCAAUCAAGGGAUCUUGCGGCACAUCUCUAUAACUCGUACAUGGUUCGUCUUGAAAGUAAGAAUAAUACACAAGGAGUCGUGGAAGAAGGAGACGAGAAAACAACUAUUUCCAAACGGUGGGGUGCUUGGCCUUUGCCGCCAUCCCGGGUCCCUCGGCCUGAUGACCAUAUGAAAGAAUGGUUGAACGACCCCGAUACUAUCCGAAUGCCACCCGAUCCUCGACCCAGCGCAGAGCUUGAAGAGUCAAUUAUUGCGGUAAUGACGAGAAUCUCGAAGGAGAAUUUCCUAGAUCGUGAUUGGGAUUUUGAUGGAAUCAAAACCAACAAGUCGAAAAGGUCGAUCGACCCAGAUGCCAUGAUGGACAAGGAGGAUGAGAAAGACGAGGAUGACCGAAAAGACCUAGGCCCAUAUGCCGAUCCGUCAUUUCUUCAACCAGCUCUGCAGACCGACGAUGAUGUCGCCCGGCGACAAUUGCGGCCUCUUGCCCGGAACGUGAUCACAGAAGUGGACAGACUUCUGACCGCUUUACAACGCACCAUGGACUAUCGAAUCGACGAGCGCCAGAAUCGAAGUCGUCCAAAGCCUCGCCUUGAUGACAAUGCAACCGAAUCCAAGUCCGGUGAGGGGCUUAGUAGCAAAAGGGAGUCGCGAGGUCGCAAACGCUCUCACGACGAGCGUUCAUCGCCAGGCAAGUCAGAAGGCGCAAGUACGCGUGAGACAUCUCAGUCUCGAGACCAGUCGCGCGAUUCUCGUGCGUCUGCCAAUGAGGUCAAUGAGGUCAAUGAGGCCAGCGAGGAGGAGGAUGAUUGUAGUGAUGACGGCAUCCCAUUCAACGCAAAACUGCCCUUACGAGACUGGAGCGAAGUCAUGGGUCUCGCAUCCAUGAUCGGUCUUCCCCGGGACGCCGUCAUGCGUGCCUCGAAGCGGUGCGCCGAUCUGUUCAACCAAGAUAUGACAUUCCGCACGUUCCGUGAAGGCCGGAUCGCACCAGCCGGACGAAAAGAGGAUAAAUCAAUAUAUUACGACUACCACGAGAGCCAGUCCGAAGACAGUGAUACUGAUCCUCCCGAUCGAAAGCGCAAAAAGGUCUCCCGAAACCAGUCGAAGUCGCACUCGCGACGCAACAAGUCCAAUUCGCGAGAAGCAGGCUCAAUGCCGGUCGAAACACCCGUCAACCCGCACACGAUCGUACCUGGAUUUGCUCCAAGUCUUGGUACGACCCCGGAGAGAAGUAGUCCUGAAAGGUCAACGUCGCGCCGACCCAAGGGCAAGGGAGAGCAUCGCAAGGCGGACCUCGUCUGUCCUAUCAAGUCGUGCCCACGGCAUCUGGAGGGUUUUUCAAGAACUUGGAACUUGAAUCUGCAUAUCAAGAGAGUUCAUCCGGGAUAUCAGGAGCGGGAGAGGUCGACAUCCAGAUCUCAAAGUCGGCAGACCGAGGAGCCUAAAGUGAUUGUGAUUGAUUAG